AUGAGUGAAAAGAACCAAGCAAACGUUACAUCACUUGCAAGUGUAGGAAGUCACUUGUCAGUCGCUGAUCAUGAAGUUAAUCUUGAUGCUGUUUUUUCGAAUCCAUUAUCAAUCGGGGAGGUUGGUACUACUUUGAGUAAUGCUCAAAAGGAAUUUGUAUUGAAGAGAUUGCAUUUCGAUGUAUUGGACUCUUUUACCGAGUUGCCUCCACAAUGUACAUUUAUCUUUGAAAAAAUUGAACAAAUGUCUACAGAAGAAGCUGUCCAGAUUUUGAAAGAUGCUAUUGAAGAGCACGACCAUGACGUGAAUAUUCCUCAUCAGGAUUUUGAACUUUGGAAAGAGUUGGUUGCUGCCGAAGGUUCACAUGGGAAUCAUUCAUUACCGGAGUUUAGAUCUGGAUCUGGUGCUGGAUCUGGAUCGAGAUCUGGAUCAGUUGAUUUUGACGAGAAAGGACAUCCGGUGAAAGUUUCUGCAUUUUCCAAGACCAGUGAUGAGUUUUCCAGUGAUGGUGAGCAUGCUAUUUAUGAUUGGGAUUUACAAGUUAGAUUAGAGGCGGUGUUGAUUGCUUACUGGUCGCCAUACCCUGAGGUCAGAUCUGUUACUGAUCCUUUUGAUGACCCAACUGUUUAUUGUGAAACCAUUCGUGUUUACAUUCUUGGAAUUGUUUGGACCGCUAUUGGUGCAGUUAUUAACCAGUUCUUUACAGAACGUCAACCAAGUAUCUCCCUUGCCAUGAGCUGUGUUCAAGUGUUUCUUUACCCAUGUGGAGUGUUGUUGGAAUGGAUUUUGCCCAAAUGGAAAUUCAAGAUUUGGAAAUUGAAUGUCGACUUGAACCCAGGACCAUAUAACUAUAAAGAGCAAAUGCUUGCUACUAUUUUCUGUUCCGUCACUGGAGGUUCCACAUCGUAUGUGUCGUACAACAUUUUGAUGCAAAAGUCAGAGUUGUUUUAUGGCAACAAGUGGGCUGAUUUUGGUUACCAGGUUUUGUUGAUUCUCUCCACCAAUUUUAUGGGUAUUGGUCUUUCGGGUAUCAUGAGAAGGUUUGCUGUGUAUCCUGUGGCUGCUGUUUGGCCAAGUAUUCUUCCAACAAUCAAAUUGUCGAGAGCAUUAACUACACCAUCUACAAAGGAGAAGAUUAAUGGAUGGUCUAUUUCCGGUUACAAAUUCUUUUUUAUUGUAUUUGCAGCCUCGUUCCUUUGGUUCUGGGUUCCAGAUUACCUUUUUGUUGCCCUUUCUCAAUUCAACUGGAUGACCUGGAUUAAACCAGAUAAUCUUAACUUGGCAGUAGUUACAGGUUCUUUUGGUGGUUUGGGAUUGAAUCCAAUUACCUCAUUUGAUUGGAAUAUCAUCAACUAUAAUGCGCCAUUAAAUUAUCCAUUUUACAAUCAAACAAACAUGAUCACUGGUAUGUUUAUUGGAUUCUUUUGUAUUCUUGGUGUUUGGUACAGCAAUUACAAGUGGACAGGUUAUCUCCCAAUUAACUCGAAUGGUUUGUUUACAAAUACUGGUGAGCCUUACUCUGUGAGGGCAGUUGUUAAUGAAAAUAGUCUUUUUGAUAAUGCAAAGUAUCAAGAAGUUGGCCCACCAUUUUAUACGGCUGCCAAUUUGGUGGUUUAUGGUGCUUUCUUUGCACUUUACCCUUUCCAUUUUGUUUAUGAAUUUGGAAUGCAUUCCAAGCAAAUGAUUCGUGCUUUCAAAUCCAUGUUGUCUUUAUUCAAGAAUUGGAGAUCCUCUACCUAUGAAGGCUUCAAUGACCCACAUAGUGUUAUGAUGAGAGCCUACCCCGAAGUGUCUGAGAUUGCAUACUUAGUGGUGUUGAUCAUUUCGAUUGUGUUUGCAAUAUUGUGUGUCAAGUUGUAUCCAGCAGAGACACCUGUUUGGGGUAUUUUCUUUGCCUUGGGAAUCAAUUUUGUGUUUUUGAUUCCAUUAACCACCGUUUAUGCUAGAACUGGAUUUUCAUUUGGUUUGAAUGUGUUGGUUGAGUUGAUUGUUGGUUAUGCUAUUCCAGGUAAUGGUCUUGCUCUUGCCUUUAUUAAGGCUUUGGGUUACAACAUUGAUGGCCAAGCUGAGAAUUUCAUCAAUGAUUUAAAGCAAGGUUUCUACGCCAAGCUUCCACCAAGAGCUACAUUUAGAGUUCAAAUCUUGGGUAUUUUCAUUGCCUCGUUUAUCCAAUUGGCUAUCUUGAACUUCCAAAUUACUGGAAUCAAAGAUUACUGCUACCCAGAUAAUAAGCAGAAAUUCACCUGUGCUUCCACGAGAACUUUCUAUAGUGCUUCAGUGCUUUGGGGUGUUAUUGGUCCAAAGAAGGUGUUUGACCAUUUGUAUCCAAUCUUGAGAUGGUGUUUCCUUAUUGGCUUUUUACUUGCCUUCCCAUGUAUUGCUUUGAAAAAGUAUGGUCCAGAGAAGUAUCUUAGAACAUUUGAGCCAAGUAUCAUCAUUGGUGGUAUGCUUGGAUUUGCUCCUUACAACUUGUCUUACUAUCUUCCAGGAGUUUACGUGUCCUAUGCGUUUAUGUACUACAUCAAGAGAAAGUAUGAGGCUUGGUGGCAAAAAUACAACUACCUUCUUUCAACAGGUUUGACAGCUGGUGUUGCAUUCUCAUCAAUUAUUAUUUUCUUUGCCCUUCAAUAUCAUGAGAAGGAUCUUCUCUGGUGGGGAAACAAUGUGCCAUACGAAGGUUAUGAUGCCAAUAUGGUUGGUAGAUUGAAUGCAACCUUGCAGGCACCAGACGGAUACUUUGGACCAAGAAUAGGCCAUUUCCCUUAG